GGGCGAGGCGGGGCCGGGCUGAGGGCAGGGCCGGGCCGAGGGCAGUGCCGUGCUCGGGGCAGGGCCGGACCGAGGGCAGUGCCGUGCUCGGGGCAGGGUCGGCCGGGAGCGGCGGGGCUCGGGCAGCAGCGGGGCUCGGAUCGCCGCGGGCACGGCCGAGAGGUCGCCAGUGAGAAGGGGAGAAAUGGCCAAAUCCGCCCAGUUAACCCAGUUAAUUAACAAUGACGUCUUCCGGGCAUUUGCUACUUAUGCAGCCAUUGUUCUUCUAAAAAUGAUGCUAAUGAGUCUGAUCACAGCAUAUUUCAGGAUCACCAGGAAGGCAUUUGUCAACCCAGAGGACACAGCAACAUUUGGAAAAGGGGAGGCUGCUAAGAAAUACCUGAGGACUGAUCCAGAUGUUGAACGUGCACGCAGAGGCCACCUGAACGACCUGGAGAACAUUGUCCCGUUUGUUGGCAUCGGGCUGCUGUACGCUCUGAGUGGCCCUGAGCUGUCCUCGGCCCUGCUGCACUUCAGGAUCUUCACGGGGGCCAGGAUCCUGCACACCUUUGCAUACCUGAUCCCCCUUCCCCAGCCUGGCAGGGGUUUGUCUUGGGCUGUUGGCUACGCAGUGACCUUCUCCAUGGCCUACAACGUCCUGAAGGCAGCGUGGCUCCUCUAGCAGAGCUCCUGCAUCCCCUUCCACAUUCCACACAAAGUUUCCAGCACUGUACUCACUGUCUUGAGUAAGCCAAUGAGUCUUCCUCAUUGGUAACUGGAAUUCUUUUCUUUUUUUUU